CUAAAAUCCUGGGUCCUGGGUUGUUAGCCCUCCUAAAGAAGUAAACAAACAAAACUCAUUCAUCAUUUGGUUUAAUUUCUCCUCCAGAUCGCACACAACGUGAUGGCAGAGGACAGUGAACUUGAGAAGCGAGCAAUAGAGGAGCUCCUGAGGGAAACUGACAGAGCUCGGGUGAGAGCAGAGACCAUGGGCCCUGCAGGAUGGCUGAAGUGUCCUCUGCAGGCCACCAACAAACGCUUCCUCCUCAACACCCUGCGCUCCACCAGCACGCAGCAGCGCAGCGCUGAACCCACAGCUGGGCACGGCACCACAAGAGGAUAUAAGGCAAGAGGCUCCCCGGACAGAAGCCGCCAGCGCAGCAGGACUCCUCCCAGACACAACAAACGAGGUCACGCUGACUCCAAACGACAUCACAGAGACAAUAUCAAAGAUAAGAGAUGUGACGGAGGUAAAGACGACAGACAGCGCAGACACAAAGACCGUGGCCAGAACAGAGACAAAGACAGACACAGACUUCACAAAGGCCUCUCACCAGAAAAGAACCACUCCUCCUCCUCAUCCUCCUUCUCUUCCAGGAGCCACGCCCCGUCCAGGCAGCGGAGCGGCGGCGGCAGCGGCUACUCCUGAAACUGUUCUGUGACCAGCCAACAGCUGCCGGAACAUUUGCACUGUUCUGUUAGCUGCCCGACUUACAGGGAUGGUGUGGAACUACAAAAAUUGGCCGGUAUAAGUGGAAUUAAUUUAUUCAAUACGGCUCAAUAACUGAGCAGUUUUUAUCUUGUGAACACAGAAAAAAAAUUGAGAGGAGGGAAGGAAACAGCAAUUAAACAUCCCAGUAAGAAUGCAAAUACGACUCUCUUAGAAAUUUUUCUUCUUUUUAGUUUUUGUCUUAAACUGUCAGAGUAAAUUACAGUGCAGAAAGAAGGCACUGAUCACGCAGCACUGCUUCUUAAUGCUUCUGUAAUAAAAUUGGUUUGUUUUUAUUUUUGCUAUCCCUCACUUUUUGGGGGGCUUCCAUGUGUGAGUUUAAUGGAUAAAGUUUGGGAAUGAUGGGCAGAGAAAAAAACUGCUUCCUGCUGAAAACACACUUUUGUCCAAAAAAAACAACAACAAAAAAAAAAGGUCUCCUAUGUUAUAUUUUAGGGGUUUUGUGACAGUACGUAUAUAUGGUUGCCCUGCAUAAAUUGGUGACAGCAACGAUCUAUGCCACAUUUGGUGAAACAUAUGUGCUGUGCGCUAUAUAAUAGCUCAUACGGUAACUACCUAUCUGUAAACUUCCCCUGACUGGUAGGUCAACCUGAUAUUAAAUAAAAUAUAUAUUUCUUUAAAUGUACUCAGUUACUUCAUAUGGCAGUGAUUUUUUUAAAUACAAUUUUGACCAUUUCGUUUGCGUAUGUUGGACGGCAACAUGGGCCAAUGCUUACAGCAACAACAAUUAAACUCAUAUUAACGUUGGUUCAUGGGUGUAACAACAUAUUCAGCAUAAAUUUUCCCCACUGACAAUGUACAGAGGCAGAUCUACCAUUUUGUCAAGCCGGGGGGGGAUUUGCAAACAAGUACAAUGUGACUAAAGGGGAGGAGGGAAGUCUGGGGGUGAAGCCCCCUUAGAAAUUUUUGGGUGCCAUUCCCUGCAUUUUGGCACAUAUUUUACCACAAUAUAUACCACAGAGAAAAAAAAAACUGUCUAACAGCAGGGAAUUUUAUGUUUUUGGUCAAUGAAAGGGGAGGAGGGGGUGUGAACCACACCCACAUCCCCUCUGUAUCUGCCCCUGAUAUAUGGCUUUUGGCAACAAUAAGUGCCAUCACAUUAGGUAUAUACGAGUAUUGCUGCUGACUUCAAUUUAUGCAGGACAACAAUACAUGCAUAACAGAUUUUGUUAAUUUUACAGCACAAAUUAGGUUGUUUUCUUGUUUAAUUUACUCUGAAUUGAGGAACAGUAAGUUAAAUCUAAUUUAAGACAAUUUGAGGAACAUUUUGCUAUUUCGCCUCCUACUCCUCCCAGGUCACGUGGCCAAUUUAGACCAAACCUUUUAGAUAGGUGACCUUUUAGGCCAAUUUCCCUAAAAGGGUUUGUUUUGGCAAAGGUCAAAACUUAGAUCCUCCCCAAUCUGAUGUCCAAAUAUGGCACACACAUGUAGGUGGUUCCUGGACUUGCCCAGGCGAGAUCAAAUUUACCAAAGUUCAUUGUGGUCAAAAGCUAACUUAGAUAAAUAAAACUUAAAUAAGUUUUUCACUCCCAUUUUGCCCAAAAUUUGGCGUAGAUUUGGAGGUGGGUUCUGGAAUUGUCCAGCAAGGUCAAAGUUCCUAAAGGUCAAUCAUUUGGACCAAGAUAAUGUCAGUCUCCUCCUCCCAGGUCCUUUUGCAGUUUUCUACCCAUUGACAGUUGACCCUAAAAUUGAGGUGAAGGUCAAAAAUUUGAUUUUCAAUCUGAUUUCGACCACAUGUGUCACACAGUUAGGUGGAUUCCAGAAAUGCCCUGGAAAUGUCAGCCAGAGGUCAACCAUUUGGGUGAAGGUCAAAGGUCAGGUUGCCAUAGCUCUACCUAUCUUCAUGCCCACGAGUAUGAUUACCUAAUUUUGACAAAACUGAGUCAUGUUUUACUGUAAUAUUGUUGUCUCUUCUCAUGACUAAUGGUUUAUUUCACAUACAGGAAGUUAGAGUUGACUGGUAAUUGUAAUGUUAUUACCAUUCUUCUGUCAUUAUUCUUUCUUCAUGAUAUUGACAUAAGCCAUACUGCUGUUGCCACUGGGUAAGCACAUGGUGUGCCCAGUUUUCGAUAUGUAUACACCGGCUAUCAGAAACAGUUUUGUUUGCUCAAGGAGAGAGAAAAAAAUAAAAAAUCCUGACACUCCC